GAUAAUAUAAACGUUUUUUUGAAAGCUUGUGAACAGAUUGGAUUGAAAGAAGCCCAGCUUUUUCAUCCCGGGGACCUACAGGAUUUAUCAAAUCGAGUCACUGUCAAGCAAGAAGAGACUGACAGGAGACUGAAAAAUGUUUUGAUAACUUUGUACUGGCUGGGAAGAAAAGCACAAAACAGCCCCUACUAUAAUGGUCCCCAUCUCAAUCUGAAAGCUUUUGAGACUUUAUUAGGACAAGCUUUAACUAAGGCACUUGAAGAUUCUAGCUGUCUGAAAAGAAGUGGCCGAGACAGCGGCUACGGUGAUCUCUGGUGUCCUGACAGAGGAGAAUUUCUUGGCCCUCCAGGUAGCCAUAGGAGGGAAGAUUCCUUUGAAAGCUUGGACUCCUUGGGGUCUAGAUCACUGACCAGCUGCUCCUCCGAUCUCACGCUCAGAGGUGGGAAGGAAGGUUUUGAAAGUGACACAGAUUGGGAAUUCACAUUCAAAAUGCAGGACUAUAACAAAGAUGAUAUGUCCUAUCGAAGGAUUUCGGCGAUUGAACCAAAGUCUGCUCUACCAUUCAACCGCUUCUUGCCUAACAAAAGUAAACAGCCAUCCUAUGUGCCAGCACCUCUGAGGAAGAAAAGACCAGACAAAAAUGAGGAUAACAGAAGAAGCUGGGCCAGCCCGGUCUACACAGAAACAGAUGGAACAUUUUCACGUAACCAGAGGAGGACUUGGGGUCCCAAGAUGGAGCGCUGGCACACAAUCCAAGAAACUUCAACCUCCUCUUGUUAUCUGGAAGAGGAGGAUGAAAAGAUAACGCGCAUCCCCAACCUUGUGAAGGAUGAUCUCUAUGUGCGAAAGCUCAGUCCUGUCAUGCCAAGUUCAGGGGGCUCUUUUGAUCAGUUUCUUCCCAAAUGCUGGACCCCAGAAGAUAUGAACUGGAAAAAAAUAAAGAGAGAGACUUAUAAGCCAUGGUAUAAGGAAUUCCAGGGAUUCAGUCCAUUUUUAUUGCUUCAGGCUCUUCAAACAUACUCUGAUGACAUCUUGUCUUCAGAAACAAGCGUCAAAAUCGAUCCCACCUCUGGCCCAAGGCUCAUAACUCGCAGAAAAAAUCCCUCUCACACACCAGGCUAUCGAGCAGAUGACCUUGAGCUGCCAGCUCUGGAUCCUGACUUAGAAAAUGAUGAUUUCUUUGUCAGAAAAACUGGGGCUUUCCAUGCAAAUCCAUGUGUUCUUCGAGCCUUCCAAGACCUUCAAAGGUUCUCUGAGCCAGACGAUGCUGUUGAGCGAGAUAUCAUUUUGCAGUGUCGGGAAGGUGAACUUGUACUUCCAGAUUUAGAAAAAGAUGAUAUGAUUGUUCGUCGGAUCCCAGCACAGAAGAAAGAAGUGCCCCUGUCUGGGGCCCCUGAUAGAUAUCAGCCAGUCCCUUUCCCUGAACCCUGGACCCUACCUCCAGAAAUUCAAGCGAAAUUUCUUUGUGUGCUCGAAAGGACAUGCCCACCCAAAGAAAAGAGCAGUGGCUGUAGAGUCCUAGUUCCUUCCUAUCGGCAGAAGAGAGACGACAUGUUGGCUCGCAAGAUCCAGUCUUGGAAGCUGGGGACCGCUGUGCCUCCCAUCAGCUUCAAGCCUGGCCCCUGCAGCGAGGCCGAUCUGCAGAAGUGGGAGGCCAUCCGGGAGGCCAGCAGACUUAGGCACAGGAAGCGGCUGAUGGUUGAGAGACUCUUUCAAAAGAUUUAUGGUGAGAAUGGGAGCAAGUCCAUGAGUGAUGUCAGUGCAGAGGAUGUUCAGAACCUGCGUCAGCUGCGGUACGAGGAGAUGCAGAAAAUAAAAUCCCAACUGAAAGAACAAGAUCAGAAAUGGCAGGAUGACCUUGCAAAAUGGAAAAGUCGUCGGAAGAGUUACACUUCGGAUCUGCAGAAGAAAAAGGAGGAGAGAGAAGAGAUUGAAAAGCAGGCACUUGAGAAGUCUGACCGAAGCUCCAAGACGUUUAGGGAAAUGCUGCAGGACAGGGAGUCUCGAAAUCAGAAUUCUAUAAGGAGUAUGUAUUCCUCUGAUGACGCCCUGGAUGAUGAAGUGCUCGUUCCUACAGUGAUGCUCUCAGAAACCAGCUACCAGACUGAGAGACUGGAAGUCAAGGCAACACCUUAUCCUGCCGAGACGCCCAAAGAAGAUUCCACAACUUUUGAAAAUAGACCGGACAGUGCAGCUGCUGAGAUUCAGCUUCCUUCUCAUAUUCCUGAAGAGCAGCAGCCGGCCGCUUUGUCUGCGGGAGCACCGCACCAGGCGUCCUUGUCUUCUGCAGAACCGCACCAGGUCUCCUUAUCUUCGGUAGCACAGCGUCCAGUCUCGCUCUCUUUACAGCAGUCGCCGAGUACAAGAGUCGAGUCGACUCGGGUUUCAGCUUCUCUCCCUAGAAGUUACCAGAAAGCCGAUACAGCCAGGUUAACAUCUGUGGUCACAGCGAGACCUUUUGGCACGCAGUCAAGGGGAAUCUCAUCACUGCCCAGAUCCUACACGAUGGAUGCUGGCUGGAAGUACAAUGGAGAUGUUGAAGUUGUCAAGGGACCUCAACAGAAUUUGGUCAAAGCCAGUGCCCCAAAGCUUGACUCCACCCCGUUUGUUUGGGGCUCAUCCAGUGAAAGGGAAGCAGCGAUAGGAGAAGAUGUGGCAAGCAUGUCCUCCCCCACGCCCACUUCUUCAUCACCAUCCCAAGACCAGGCAGCUACUUCAAAAGCCACACUAUCUUCAACAUCUGGCCUGGGUUCAGCGUCUGACUCCGUGGAAGGGAGAAGCUCGCCACAGAGGGAGGAGGUUUCAAGGUCCCAGGAUCAGUUCAGCGACAUGAGAAUCAGCAUAAACCAGACGCCUGGGAACAAACCUGUCUUUGGCUUUACAAUACAAUGGGAUUUUUCUGGGAUCUUCGUAGCAUCAGUUGAAAAAGGUAGCCCAGCAGAAUUUUCUCAGCUGCAGGUAGAUGAUGAAAUUCUUGCCAUCAACAACACCAAGUUUUCAUAUAAGGAUACAAAAAAGUGGGAGGAAACCAUGGCAAAUGCCCAAGAAACUGGAAACUUAGUGAUGGAUGUCAGGCGCUAUGGAAAGUCUGGUUCAUCUGAAACCAAGUGGACUGAUACGACUUCAGGGAUUUACAACACGGACAAGUCUUCAAGUCUGUCGGUAACAACUGAUUUCUCUGAAAGCCUUCAGAGUCCUUAUACUGAAUCCAAAGAAAUGAAUGGAAUUCAUGAGGAAAGCAACACCUUUGAUUCAAAAGCAUCAGAAUCCAUUUCUUUGAGAAAUUUAAAAAGGCGGUCACAAUUUUUUGAACAAGGGAGCUCCGAUUCUGUGGUUCCUGAUCUUCCAGUUCCAACCCUCAAUGCUCCGAGUCGCUGGGCAUGGGAUCAAGAGGAGGAGAGGAAAAGGCAGGAGAGAUGGCAGAAAGAGCAGGACCGCCUCCUUCAGGAAAAAUACCAGCGUGAGCAAGAGAAGCUGAGGGAAGAGUGGCAGAGGGCUCAGCAGGAGGCGGAGAGAGAGAAUUCCAAGUACUUGGAUGAGGAGCUGAUGGUUCUAAACUCGAACAGCAUUUCUCUGAGCACGCGGGAGCCUGUGGCUUCUACCUGGCAACCCACUUGGAGUGAAGGGUCCAAAUCUUCAGACAGGGAAGGAACCCGAGCAGGAGAGGAAGAGAGGGGACCACUGGAAGAGGAUGCUGUUUGUGAGGACCAAAGUCAGAAGCUGCAGGAACAGCUCAUGCUUGAGCAGGAGAAGAAAAGGAAGGAACAAGAAGCUCAGGAAGAAGAGCUUCGGAAACAGCAGGAGGCUGAGGCCCAGGCCCAGGCCCAGGCUGAGGCAGAAGCCAAGGCCCUUGCAGAGGCCCAGGCCCAGGCCGAAGCCCAAGCCAAGGCCCGUGCAGAGGCGGAGGCCCAAGCAGAAAGACGAGCUGAAACACAGAAGCACCAGGCAGAGAGGGAGCGAGAAACUUCGGUGAAGAUCUACCAGUACCGGAGGCCUAUUGAUUCCUAUGAUAUACCCAAGAGAGACGAGGACUCUUCAGGGCUACUUCCCAGUGACAGGAGUAAAUCAAGAUCCACUACGGAACUGAACAAUGCCCCCAUAGAGAAGAAUGGAAGCAGCAAAUAUUCAGACCGAAUUGGGACUACCAGCUUUUCACAAAGGAGCUCCAAGAAGGAUCAGCCCCCGUCAGAAGCAGAGUUGGAGAGACAGCAAAUCCUUCAGGAAAUGAGGAAGAGGACCUCUCUCCAUAAUGACAACAGCUGGAUCCGGCAGCGCAGUGCCAGCGUAAACAAAGAGCCCAUCUGCCUGCCUGGGAUCAUGAGAAGAGGGGAGUCUCUGGACAAUCUGGACUCCCAGCGGCCCAGUUCUUGGAGGCAGUCUCCAUGGCACAACCAGCCUGCAGGAGUCUAUGCCUCCUCUUCUGUCCAAGACUUCAGUCGCCCACCUCCACAGCUGUUGUCCACAUCAAACCGUGCCUACAUGCGGAACCCAUCCUCUGCUGUACUGCCUCCAGGGGGCCCAGUGAAGGCCAUCAUCCCAGGCCCUGCCCCCCCAGGGUCUCCCACCCCACGAAGCCAUUCCCCUUCAAUGUCACAGUCAAGCUCUCAGCUCCGUAACAGUGUGUCUCCUGUGAACGUGACCUCGGAGGCUCCUCCUCAGGAGCCGAAGUCAGAAUCCGAAACCACCAACUGUACUGCAAUGACUGCUAUCUCCGAUUCAAAUCUGGACGGCCAACCGCCAUGUGAUGUAAGCCUCCAUUCGGCAGCACUGUUGCAGAUAGAAGAGGAGGAGGCGGUGGCUGCUGAUGCAGAACUAUAAAUAUGUCUUGUAUGUUCCCCCUCUUUUUAAAAAAAAGAAUAACCUUUGCCUCAUUAGAUGACACAGGAACACUGUAGUGUUGGUAGGACCUGUAUUUUUGUUGUUUAUUUAUAAGGUGAUUAUGUGUGUGAGGAAGUGAAGUACUUGCCUUUUGAAUUCGGCACCCUAAAAGCACAAGCAGAAAACAACCCCCAAGAACUUAAAAAAGUACUUUUAAGGCUGAUGAUGAUCUAGUUUGACCCUUUAGUGGUGUUUUGAAGAGGGUAUUUUAUUUUAUUUUUUUUAAGUUCUUAAACAUUAUUUGAAAUAGUUAAUAUAAAUAUGUAAUUGUGUUUACUGUUUACUGUAAUGUAUUCUAAGUUAAUGUGGAACCAUAUGAAAAAUUUCACUUAAAUCCACCCAUAAAUUUGCUUUUUUGUGGUUUUCUUUACACAGAAAUAAUCCAAUUGAAAAAUAAUUUUGCUUAUGUCAUAUUUUAUUUGCUUGAGGAGGGCAUUCUAUUUUCUUUACAAGGACUGUUGUUGCUAAGCAAAUAUCAGUAGAAAGCUGCUUAUUUUCAAUAAUAAAAAAUAACCAUGGUUUGUACACCAGGAAUUUUCUGCAGAAACUAGUGAGAUUUUCUGUUCAGUUGCCUUUGUAAAUAAAAUUGGUGAUGCAUUUAA